AUGGCGCCCUUUGUAAUGGCACUCCCAUGUGGCUGGUCACGUGACGGUGUGGGCGGGGAGCUGGGGACUGUGGGCGGAAGUGUUGGCGUGAGCGGUGGGCGUGUAUGGGUGCGGGGCGCCGUGGUGAGUGGAGUGCGUGCGGGACCAGCAGACGCAGGCGGCUACACCUGCGUGGCAGCUAAUGGGGCGGGCACUGACACCGCCCACUUCACUCUCACUGUUCUGCAGGAGCUGCAGGUCACAGCCCACCCACCAGUGCAGUUGGUGUCUGUAGGAAGCCGAGUGACACUGAGUUGCCGAGUCCAGGGCACACCUGUAGCCGAGGUUCGCUGGUACAAGGAUGGGACAGUCCUACACCCACACUCCCACAACCACAUGCUCCUACAAGGUCGCGACACACUAGCCAUCGCUAACGUUGGGGAGAGAGACUCCGGCAUGUACCAGUGUGUGGCUGCCAACAGUCUAGGGGAGGUUCAAGCUAGCAUGGAGCUUACCAUCAAGGACUCCCCACCAACACUGCGACACACCUUCAUAGAACAAACACUACAGCCUGGGCCGCCAGUGUCCCUCAAAUGCACCGCCCUGGGACACCCCACGCCAGUCAUCACCUGGACGCUGGACGCUCGCCCACUCGAGCCCUCAAGCGGACACUACGGUGGGCACCGGGUGGGGGUGGGCUCAUGGGUUGAUGUUGAAGGUCAGGUAGUGAGUCAGGUGAAUAUCAGCAGUGUGGAUCACCUGGACGGGGGCACCUACACGUGCACAGCUAUGAACACGGCCGGGAAGGUGCACCAUUCAGCCAGACUGAAUAUUUACGGUCAGCCCACGACACGAGCUCCGGUCAAUGUAAGUGUCGUGGAGUCUUCGGAAGCGACGUUGGUGUGUCCGGUGGCUGGGUACCCUAUAGCUACGGUGUCGUGGACGCUUCAUGGACGACCCAUCACUUCCACGUCGAGAAGAAUGCCCCGAGGGGACAGAACGCUGGUCAUCCAGAGAGUGGAGGCACAACACGACGUGGGUCACUACACCUGCACCGCCUCCGACGCCCAGGGUCGUUCAGCCACUGCUACAUUCUUCCUUUCUGUCGUUAAGCCACCAGUUCUGGCGGAGUUCAAGUUUCCCCCGGGACUGGUAGAAGGAAUGCGUCUGUCUAUGGCUUGCUCGCUGCUGAGUGGGGACCUUCCCAUCAGCCUCCGAUGGUCCCAUAAUGGCCGCCCGCUGCCUCGAGACCCGGUUCUCACCGUCACCCACUCCCAGUUCUUCUCCAACCUGGUGUUCGCUGACAUACGCGGCAGACACGCCGGCAAAUACACCUGCACUGCCUCCAACUCUGCGGUCGCCUCCACCGUCUCUGCCACAAUGCACGUCCAGGUGCCUCCGUCGUGGGUGGUGGAGCCGCAGGAUGUCGCUGUCAUAGGUGGGGAAGAAGUGGCACUGGAGUGUCACGCUCAAGGUACACCUCCGCCCACAGUCACCUGGAAAAGAACCACAGAUUCUUUACUGACGGAGGAAGCAUCGGCUUUAGUUGGGGACGGGUGGCGAGUCCUGACCCCACGGGCGGGCUCACUCAGGAUACGAGACGCCCGUGCAGAGGACAGUGGAAGGUACCUGUGUUACGCCCACAACAAUGUCAGCCCUCCCAUCUCUAAGACAAUAUCACUUUCCGUCCUGGAGGGCGCCCGCAUAGAGGAACGUGUAGUGAACGAGUCUACUGCAGUGGGAGAGAGUCUAGUCCUACCCUGUCCUGCUCGUGGUGACCUGCCUAUCGUCUUCACCUGGGCCCGAGAUGCUAUCCCUGUACCAGAUUUGCAGUUGGUAGAAGAAAUAUUUGCAAAUGCCACAGAAUGCUAA